AUUAUUUAUAAAACCCUGCCUCCAAAUUUGAGAAGGCCCAACCCUCACCACCCUUGACAUUCCCGCCCUCUCUCAUUCUGUAAUGGCCCCGGAUUCUCCAACCCCAGAAGAGGAUGUGCAGGUCCCCGACUCCGAAGAAGAAGAUGUGCAGAUUCCUGACUCCGAAGAGUAUUCGCCGGUCCCGGACUCCUCGAAAGAAGUAGUAGAAGCUUCAGAAGAAGCGCGAAAAGAGUCGUCGGAAGAAGAGGAAGCAUCCGCAGAAGAGUCGUCUGAAGAAGAGGAAGCAUCCGCAGAAGAGUCGUCUGAAGAAGAAGAAGACCCAACUGUGAAGCCAACCCCUACAAUACCCGGAAAGCGCCCAGCAAAGAGCAACCUAGCGGGUAAGGAGGCAAAGCGUGUGAAGGAAGAGGCGCAGCCAAAUAGAAACGAUGAUGGAGAAAGAAAUAAUGUUGAGUCUCUGGUGAAGAAGGAAGGAAUGGAGUCCGAAAGGGAAAAGAUUGAGAGGGAGUUGAAAAUUGAACAAUUGGAGCUAAUCAUGCGGUUUGCCCAGCUGAAAAAGGACAUUGCAAACUUAAGACAGAAAGCAUUAAGAUUUUCUAUCCCAUGCAGUGACGACGAGGGGUCUUCAAGCAGGAUGGAGGACGAGUGGUCUUUAAGCAGGAUGAGGUGUGAGUGGCAUAGUCUAUGGUGUGAUUGGCGUAGGCUAUGAUGGUAACUAAUAGUCUGGCAGGAACCUCUGUCUCUAAUUACUUUUUAAUAAACACUUUAGUCCUAUUUAUGAUGUCCAUAACUGGAUAGUUUUGCUAAAACUUUCAUGAUGUUACUGCUGUAUGCUUUAAUAUAAUAGGCUGUGAUGGUUACUAAUAGUUUUGUUAAAAUUCCCGUGAUGUUUCUGAAGUCUCGCAUUGAAAGAGAGACAGAAAAAUGAAGGAAUUUAAUAGAAAAGCUAUCAUUCACA